AUGGGAAUCACAAGUGAAAUUUUACUACAUUUUCCAGAAGAAGGAAGACAUUUAACCGGAAAAUAUUUAAACGGUGUAGUGCGGUUCCAACUUGACAAAGAAACAGUGUUCAAGAAGAUUAGUCUGUCUUUAGUCAAGAGAGGAUUCUGUGAGUGGUAUGACACGACAAAUACAGACAGCAACGAUAGCCAUGAAACAGAUAACACGCUGCAAGGACAUGAAAAUGCUGUUCUUAUGAAAUUGUACUUUUUAAACAAGGAAGUAGACGACAAUUUAACUUUAAGUGCGGGAUCGUAUGAGUAUCCAUUUGAAAUGGAAAUUCCACAAAAUAUACCACCAUCAUUUAGAUCAGAAAUAGGAAAAAUCACGUAUCUUUUAAUACUGAAGUUUAAGAAACCCGGUCUUUUGAAAAGGACUAAGAGCUUUCAAACAGAAGUUCAAAUACUUCCUCAAGUUGAUCUUUCAAUCACAGAUGCACCAAUCGCUUUUGCAUUAGACAAAAACCUGACCAAAAUGUUUGCUUCACACAAUAAAGAAAUCAGAAUAAUUGGAGAUCUCGAAAAGCCAUAUUUAUCAUACUAUGAUGAAAACAAGUUAUCAUUGGCUGCCACUAACAACACCGAUUUGAACUUUACUAUUAAAACUGAAUUGAUGAGCAAAGUGACGUAUACACAUGAUCAUUCAAUGGGCAUGUAUGGCGACGAAAAAGUUGUAAAAGAAGUGAUUGGACCUAUAUACGAGAGUCCGGUUGUACCUGAUAAUAGUGUAUCAAAUAUAAUUAAAGACAUAUUGCCAGUGGACUCACAACAAUACACAGUGAGACACUCAGCAAUUAUAUCGAGGGAGUACAAAUUGAAAGUGACAAUACAAAUGCCAAUGCCACAUCGUAAUGUAUCUGUUAAUAUACCCGUGUUUGUAGGAGACAGAAGAUUGACUAAAGCAAAUAAUGAAAAUAGAAAUAAUGAGGCUGCAGAAGAACCACCGACGUAUUGGCACGCGAUGUCCGAAGACAAAUGA